AUGGACCCGCGUGACUCGGGGCGCAUCCUGGACCGCGCUCCGCCACUGAGUUUCUUCGAGAGGGCCUACGAGGCUUUCGAGGGUGCUCCCUGGGAUGUGGGAAUUCCCCAGCCAGCCCUGGCUGUCGCACUGGCUGAUGGCGAACUGCUGGGUCCUCGGAUUCUCGACGUUGGCUGUGGAACCGGAGAGAAUGCAGUCUUCCUUGCAGAAAACGGAUUCGACGUCACUGCCUUCGACAUUGUGCCGGCUGCUGUGACUCUUGCACGCCAGCGAUUGCAUGCAGCCGGGAAGAUGUCAGGGUCGAUGCGCGUUCCUCCGCCGCAGUUCAACUUUGGUAGAUGGAUCGGUGGCAGGGGCACUGCGAUGCCAGUCUUCCAAGCCGAUGUGUUUGCAAUGAGCGAAGUACCUGAAAUUACGGACCUCCUAUACGACACCGUCCUUGAUUUUGCUGUUUUCCACGGAAUUGGUGACGACGAGGCGCAGCGUGACGCGCUCCGUGCCACCGCCGCGUGUGUCAGAGAGGGCGGCCGUUUGCUUCUCCAUGCCUUCUCCGAUGGAAAUGCAGGAUAUGGAUGGACAGGUCCUCGCCGCACGACAGAAGACCACCUGCGCAAGCAACUGGCGGAAACGGGUUGGAUUGUCCGUUCCAUCACGGCGAGGCCCUACACGUAUUACGACUGCACGAGACGCUGCUGUGAUGAGAUGGAUGCACUUUUCGUAGUAGCUGAAAUCCUGGACACUUGCGCGUCGAUUCGAGCACUGUGCCUUUAUUUGGCUUUUGCCAGUGUGGUUCUUUUCUGGGAAGUUGUAGAGGUGUUUCGAACCGACAGGGAGAAGGAUUUCUUUCUGCCCACACGGGGUUGCUGUGGUUUGACUGUCGCCCUGGCGCUUGGCCUGCGGCAUGCCUACCCUUUGGAGGUCUUGCCCUUCGUGCCGAAGCCCUGGGGUUUGCAAUGCCAGCACCUGCCCUUCGGCCUCGUCUCGGCCUGCGUGGUUUUGGGGCUUCUGGGGCCUGCUUGGCUGCUCCCUGAGUGGCCCUUCGCACCUUUGGCCUUCUUCUUCGCGUGGUUUCACUUGCGCUACCUGCACUGGUUUCCUCAUGCCAAAGCGCAUGGGGACCAUUCGCCAGACUUUGUUUUCGCGAAUCUGUUUCCGCAAGCUUUGCGUCCGGUGGUCAGUGCAGUUGGAGCCCUGUCCCACAACUUGGCCUCCACAGCAGCCCCUGGCCUUCUGCGAAUACGGCAGCCGGAGGAGGAUGCAGAGAAGGGCGAGGCCAUCGUCUACGAUCCCAGUCGUGUACAGGACGGUGGAGCCGUGCUCUGGAACUCAGCUCCGGGAAUGAGUCUCACCGCAGCCACCUCUUCGACCCCCUGGCCUGCCCCGCCUCCGUGGCCCGUGCAAGCUGGGGAUCCACUUCCCGGCGCACCCGGUUCCAAGGAGUAUGACGCCCGUCGUGCCAAAGCUUUGAAAUUGCUGGACGAAUCCAUCAGCUCCUUGCUGGCGCCGCAAGCUUCGGGUCCUUCGGCGGAGCCGGGCGCGGGUUCUACCGCCUCAGCGCUCGCCAACGGUUCCAGAGAGGAGCCAGAGCCAAGGCUGGGUGGUGCAAGACGUGUUUGCUUUCAGGUUUAG